AUGGCGGGAAUUGAUCGACAAGGAAGUAAAACGACUGGAAAAGCUAAAAAGAGGCAAAGUAGCAAAAGUAAUGAUGAAGAAACAAAUUUAGUCAUUUCCGAAGAUAAAAAACGUAAGAAAACUGUGGAAAAAGCCAAAAAAAGAAAACGACGUACUACUGAUGAAGCUGAGGUUAAAGGUGCCAAAAAAGUGCGCAUAACCAAGAGUAAUCGUAAAGGAGAUGCUGAUGCCGAAGGUAAGAAAAAGAGGAAAAAGAAGAAAAAGAAGAAGAAGAAGUCCAAAGAAAAAAAAUCCAAGAAACGCUUAUCAGACUCCAAGGCCGCACUGCAUAGCAACGAAGGAAAUGAAUCAUCGCAAGGUGAAUCUUUGAGUGGCGCUGCAGGUUCAGAUGACGAAGACGGAUGGAGUGGUAAAACAUAUGAAAAAUUGUUCGAACGUCUGGCCACACUUACACCUUUAAAUAUGCCUUACAACGGUAAAAUAAAUUGGGAUGAAAUUGCUUGGAAUAACCAUAGCGGUGAAGAUUUGAUGGAAAAAUGGAAAAAACUAACGAAAAAUAUGAGAAAAACACGAUCUGUCCAUGAAAUGGUGAACGCCAUUAAAGGAACUGGAUCUGAUUAUUGGGAAAAUUGCCAGCAUGACUUACCUAAAAAGCCUCUCAAUGCAUACUUGCAGUUUUAUGCUGAAAGACGGAAGAAAUUAAUCGGUAAACAAUCAAAGAUAACUUCAGUUGAAGCAUCUAAGAAAAUCAGCGAAGUGUGGAGAAAUCUACCGGAUAAGAAAAAGAAAAAAUAUCAAGAAAAAUAUUUAGAGGAUGAGAAAGUAUAUAAGGAAACACUGGCCAAACUUGGAGUUAGUACUGCUAAGGGGCCCAAGAAAUCACGUAAAACCAUACCCCCUAAGAGAAAGAAGAAGAUACGCCCUCCACGCUCUCCUUACCAUUGCUUCUUGCGCGUGCGAUUAAAUGAACUAAAAGAAGAAGGGAAAUCAUUGAAAGAGAGUCGUCUCAUUAUUAGCAAAGAAUGGAAAAAUUUAUCCGAUGAGCAGACAAUUGAAUGGAAGAAAGCAUCUAAUUUUGACCUUGCUCGCUAUCAGAAUGAAAUAAAGGAGAUGAGAAAAUCAGAGCCAAACUUUCGCUUGACUGAUAAGGAAAAAAGUACUUCCAAGUAUCGUCCCAUUGUAAAACAUCCACCUGCGACUUCAUAUAACAUAUUUGUUGGUGACUUUUAUAAGAAAAAUAACGUUAAAGGAAAAUCAUUUUCUGAUAUUGGUGUAACUUUAAGAGAAAAGUGGAAUAACUUAUCUACCGAAGAAAAGACGUAUUACGAACAAGAAUUGCAAAAGAGAAAGCAAGAGUAUGAAACAAACUUACGAGAAUUUCUGCAGACUGUACCUGAAAAUGAAAGGGAUAAAACUGAAAAAAUGAGUAAAGUACAAAUUGAUGUCAAAAAUAAUCCUGCGUUAAGAAAGUAUGCUUUAUUACAGGAAAGACAACUACGUGUAAAAAAGGAUAAGGGUAAGAAUAAAAUGGCCGUAUUAAUGCAAGAGAUGUUAAGUUGUGUACCGGAAGAUAAACGUCAGGAUUUUAAAGAGCAGUUGGAAGGAAUGGGUAGAACUAAGAAUUCAACAUAA